UAUGGAUAAUGUUUUUUACAAAUGACAAAUGUGUAACUUGAUCCAUAAAAAGUUAAAUUGGACAAUAAUUUUGGGACAAAAUUUUUUGGGUAAAGUGGACAAUUAUUAUGGGACGGAGGGAGUAGUUAGCAUGGCUGAAACAUCUCUUGGUCUUUGAACAGUGUUUAGUUUUGAUGUGUAUGACGUCUAGUUUCUGAUCUUUCUCCUUGUAGAAAUUCAAAGUAAACGGAUGCUACUUCUUUUCUUAUAUAUAUAGUUUAAGAUGGAUGGAGUACAAAAAAAAUCAAGUUGAUACCACAUUAGGGUCUCAAAAGAAGUUGAAACAAGUGAUUUUCGUGUUAUACCUCUAGCCAAUUUAUUUUGCUUACUUCUAUCAACUUAUAACACGUCUCUAGAAAAAGGUCACCUACAAAGAUAUAUAUAUUUUUUUAUUUUCAUAUGUGCAUUUCACAACGGCCUAUCAUGUUAUUCAAAAUGGUUGAAUUCUUAUUCUUAAAAAGGGGAACAAAAUCGACUAGAAUCGAAUAAGGAUUAAUUUAAGUAUAACGUGUAGAGGUAGGAUAUGAUAUAUUGUCAUUUAAAGGGGUAGAAGAAUAAGAACUUUAUAAUCUGAAUAUGGUGUUUGGUGAUUCUGAUUGCAUGUGGCUUUGAAUGCCUGCAGUUUUAGUUUAGUUUCACAGUUCCAGUUAUAUUGGUGGUUCAAGUUUCCUUUAAUUAUUUUCCCCAAAAAAAAUAUUAUUAAAAUUUGGGGCACUCAAGAAUUUAAUUGCAAGAGAUAAUCAAAAGAUUUUUAUUCUCUAACUAUAAUAAAUUUAUUUUAAAUAAGUUUGCAGUUAUCAAUGUAGAGUAGAUACUAAAAUUGAAACAAUUCAAUAAAAUAUUUGAUAACUUGUAUGUGAUAGGCUGCCAAGUAUAAUUUUUUUUUAAAACAAAAAAAAACGCUUAAACAUUUAUGUAACUGUUACAUUCACACAAAUUUCAGUAAUAUGUUUUCCUAAUGUUUUGCACUAUUUCUUUGGGUAUAUAUAGGAACCAAGAGACAUUAAAAUGAUUAAUUAGAUUAAUCCCUGGUUUGCUAGAACAAUUUUAAAUGGUAUUUGAACAACACAUUUUAAUUUUCAUUGGAAAAAUUAGAAUUGGUAGUUUAUUCAAAUUAUGGUUACUGAAAUGAUGGUUCAUGAGUUUUGAUUUCCAAAAAAAAAAAAAACUUUUCCAAAUCAAAUACAGUUGAGUUGAAAUAGUGGUUCCAACACCUCCAACGGUAUAUCAUCAUAGAACAAAACCUCAGUUUUCAAUUAGAGUUGUCAUUCCACUCCUGUUAUAAUUGAAACUGUGAUCAUCUUCAUAUACAUGACGAAGGAUAUUGAAUUCUUUUAUGCAUUUUACUUUAAUGUGGUUGAGUGAUCAGUGUGGUUUCAGCCUUUCUCUUUGUCUGAAGCAAACUACAUUUGGGUUUGGGGUGCACUCCCCUUCAAGAAAAACUUGCGAAGCACAAUAUAAAUAUACUAUCCAUUCCACAAAAAAAAAAAAAAAGAAAUUGUUUUGCACCUAUGACUUUCUUUUUUGGGACGAGAGGGUGUAUAUUUGUUUAGAUAUGUUAUUUUCCAAAUAUCCUCCGAGAUGUCGAGCUAUUUUUCCGCAGGACCUCCCCUUACCUGCUUGCUCUAGUUUUGUUAUACAUGGAGCAUAGGAGAAAUGGUUUCGAAUGAUCAAAGUUCCUUCAACCAAAAAAAAAAAAAGAUCAAAGUUCCUUGCUUUCUUCUCUCAUUUGUUCAGUCUUUUAAAGGCUCAAAGAUUUUGUUAGAUGUAUUCUAUGCUUUUGAUAAGUUAAUUAUGUCCAUACUCUAUCUGGGUAAUUGUUUAAUCACUGUUAUGCAGUAUGCAUCAUUCUUCUAUUUCACAUUUCUAAUUGCUCAAGUAAUGGUUUUACUAAUCUUCUAGACAUUUUGUAAUCGUCUCCAUCAUGCAGUGAAGUUGAUUCUUGUCGAUGCAUACUCUCCUGUUUUAAACCAUUUUUCGACCCAUGUCUUUUUUUUCCCAUUGUGGUGUUUGGGGUGGGGGUGCGGGUGUUGGGAUAUAUUAUGUGAUUUGUUUCUUAAAAUCUUGAAUUUUGACUUCAUACAGGAUUAAGUUUUAAUUUACAUGAAUUAAUUCAAGUCAAUCGAUAUCUUUGCUUAUGCAUGAAAUUUAAUUUCCUAUUAACUACUACAGCAUGAAUGAUACCCUUGUGAAGUAUAAGCUACACACAAGCAAGCUGGAGAAAAAUGAGCAACCAUCACUCGAACUUCAGCUAGAGAAUAGCUCCCAUGUUAGAUUGAGCAAAGAGGUUGCUGACAGGACUCGUCAGCUGAGGCAGAUGAAGGGUGAGGAUCUUCAAGGGCUUAACAUAGAAGAGCUGCAGCAGUUGGAGAGAACCCUUGAAGCUGGACUCUCCCGUGUGCUUCAGACCAAAGGGGAUCGAAUCAUGAGCGAAAUAAAUGCCCUUCAAAAGAAGGGUGCUGAGCUGAUUGAAGAAAAUAAGCAAUUGAAGGAGAAAAUGGCUCUGAUUUAUGAAGGAAAGAGGGCACUAAAUGUACCAGACUUGGAAAAUGCCAUUGUGGUUGAAGAAGGCCAAUCCUCAGAGUCCAAUGCCAAUGUCUGCAGCUGUAAUAGUGGACCACCUGUAGAGGAUGAUUGCUCCGAUACAUCGCUCAAACUAGGGCUACCAUUUAAUUAAGUUGAUUUGGGACAUGGAGACAGAAGAGAUAUCUCUGAAUUUUCGAGUAACAUUUUAUGAGGCAAGCUGCUGAAGCUCACAGUAUUAAAAUUUAAGUGUAUGUAAAGGUUACCCUAGAAAGUGGUAACCUUUUUUUAUAUAAUAAUAAUGAAUAAAGCUGAGCCCUAGCUUUAUUUAAUUAUAAGUUAUAAUAAUAGCAUAUUAUGCUUAUUAUUCGGCUCGUGUCAUUCUGUAUAUCUGGUGUUUUCCGGCAGCUAUAAUCUUAGUGAAAAUUAAUAAAGUGUUUGUGUUGUAAAACUAUUGCGAUCGACCUUCGGGCUGAACUUCUCGUAUUAAUUUAUUAAUAUUUUAACUAUGUAUUCCUGCAUUUGUUCAAAGCUUCUUACGAUAAAAAAUUAAAUGGCG